GUGGAAAAUAAACCCAGUUAAAUGCAGUAAAGCUGUGCUAUUACAUGAACUUUCAUCCACGUCUAAUACGCUAAAUAUCAAUAGCGGUAUCUUAGAUUCAUUCAGAAUUAUAAAAUUUUUACAUUUGAUUUGAAGUAUUUUUAUUCAGAAUUAUAAUAUUUUUACAUGUGAUUUUAAAAUUCACGUAAUUAGACAUCAAAACAGCCAAAAUAAAUAGUUUUCAUUGAAUGAUAAAAAUAUAUAUAAUAUAAUUAAUAUUAAUAUAUUAUAUAUUAUAUAUAGGCCGAUAAUAUAGGCUAAUAUAAUAGGCCUAAAUUAUUUAUUUAGCCUAUGCCUAUACUAUAUAUUAUUUAUAUUCACUAAAUUAUAUAUUAUAUAUUAAUUUUAUUUAUAUUAAUAUUAUUGGGAUGAUUAUAAUAUUGCUUAUUAUUAGAAUUACUAUUGAGUAGUAUUUUGUGACAAUCAGUAAAUCACCCGGACCCGAGUAACUUAGUUUACAAGUCACUUAGUUUAGACUUAUUAGAACUUGGUGGAGUACUUUUGACUUUUAGACUUAGAAACGGAGUAUUCAGUACUAAUAUUGACUUAAUUGACAAAGAGAAAUACUGAAGGCAAAAAAAAGAGCCUAACUAAAAAAAAAUUAAUAAAGGAAUUGUGUAAAUUUACCACAAUAACAAACUUAUCAAUAACUAAAUUGUAAAUUAUACUAACCCUUAUUUAUUAUUACUUACUAUGCCAUGCCCAUGCCAAUGCAGAAUAGGCAGAUUUAAUUAUUAUAAUUAUAUUUAUAAUUUAUAGCAAUUUAAAUAAUAAUAAUUAAUUAAACUUUAACUUUAAAUUGAAUUUAAAGUUUAAAGACAAGUAAAAAGUCUUAACUUUAAGUAAGUAGGAAUAAAAAUUUUAUUCAGGAAUAUGAAUUGAAUAUCUGAAUAUGAUGAAUUAUGAGCCUCGUUUUUAUUAUUUUUUUAAGGCAGACAAAAUUAAAUUAUACUAAUAAUACUAUACUGAUAAUACUGGGAGGGCAGUAUAACUGUUUCUAUUCAUCAUAAAUAAAUAAAUUAAUAAUAUUAAUAUGGUAGUUAUUUAGUUACAUAAACAUAUGACUACCGGUAUAUAAUCAAUGAUAUUAUUAAUUAUUAUACUAUUACUUUUGUUACAAAUAAUUUUAAUUUAGCCAAGACUUAGCUUAUCUAGGCUUAGCUGCCCCUGCCCUACUAAGGCUAAAUGAUCAGACCUACCAAAUAAAUGGUCCAAUACCCUGACUUAGAACUUAGUAGACUGUUAGACCUUCAAUAAAAGUUUUUAAAAAUUCAACAUCAUUCCAUCAUUACUCUGGAUUGGCCUUUUAAGUUCAGAUGUUUGAGUCUAAUCAAGGCCAAGGGCUAAUUUAUACCAUAAGCCAUAAGUUAACUAUUAAGCACUAAGUACUAAGUCUGAUGUCUUUUUUACAAAUCAUUAUCAGUAUUGUUUCUAUAUUGAAUUGAAAUUAAUUUUAGUCAUUGAAGGGCAUCAGUUUAGUGAUUAUUAUUAUUAUAUAAAAAUACUUGUAAAUACAAUAUCUCAACACUAAUCACUAAUUAAAAUUAUAUUAAUAUUUGUUAAAUAUAAGUAUAAGUUAGUAAUAAGUUGUAGUUGGAGUAUUAUUUAUGUAUUUAUUUAUUUAUUUAGGCAUUUUUAUAUAGCGCUUACCUUAAAGCUCUAAGCGCUUUACAAUUAUUAAAAACAUGUAAACUAACUAAAAUAAAAUGAGACAUUAGGAUAGUAACUACUAUACUAUAGAAACAAUUAAAAUGGCUAUAAAACGAGGACACUUUGGCACGUUUUGGCCUAUAUUACAGGAUUAACCCGAGACAGAAAAUAAGGCAGGGCAAGGAGGGUGCAUCACAGGUCAUAGGCGGACCUAAACAGAUGAGUUUUAAGGGACUUUUUAAAAGUGGACGAGGUAUACACCUCUACCAUUAUCAUUUAUACCGAAAUACAUAGACAUAGGUUAUAUCACACAGGAGUUGGCAACCCAAAGGUUUUGUGGGCCCCUUUAAUAGCAAGAAAACCUUUUGCGGCUGCAUGUCAUUAUUACACCUUAUACUUAUACUAAACUAUUUUUUUUUAAAACACCCACUAAAUUCUGUAUUUAAAUGUUUAUCUAUUCUCAUUGUACAUAAUAAAAUUCUAAAGGACAAAACAGAAUACCCGGUAAUACUAAAUUAAUGUGAUAGCAUUUUAUCUUUUUAAAAUCAAUUUCUUUGACAUUACAAUGAAGAACAAAUAAGUUUAUUUAUGAUAAAUCAGGCAUCGGUGGGGCCAUAUUAUUUGAGUUGAUUGUCCAAGGGUUGGCAAUCCAGGUCAAUAUGGAAGCAAAUAAUUUAAUUUUCAAGAAUAAGAUUUAGGAUCAUUUCCUUUUGUUUUCAAAACAGCACAACUUUUAUGACAUGAUAAAUGGAUAAUUAAUUAAAUUGAUUGCUCUAUAAUAUUCACUAUGCUACAAUGCACCUUCCAUAAGGAGUGACUGAGCGCAUUAUUAGUUACCCAUCUAUUCUUAUUUUGCUUAUAACUAUUAUUCAAAAUAUCUUAUUAUAAUAAGCCUAUUGCCUAAUUUUUACAAAUGAAUUUUAAGUGACUUCUAGAUUAAAAUAAAUAAUGCAAUCUGAAAAAAACCUACAUUUGAUUUUAAAGAAAUAAGCAAUUUUUUAAUGAAAUAAAAAAAAAAUUAAAUUGAUACCAGUAUUCAAAUUUAUUAAAUGAUUGAGUCCCAUUUAGUUACUAGUAAAAUAUCCCCAACAUAAAUAAUUCUCUAUGUGAUAAUGUUAGUAACUAAUGCUAAGGUUCAAUUCAAUAAGGGGCAAAAUAAAAUUCCUGAUAACUCAUAACUGUGUUAAAUGAGAAAUAGUGCAAAGGUGUUAAGUACAUAUUUUUUUCUUUUGUGUUAAGAAAUUGUCUCAAUUUAAAUAUGGUGUUAAAAAUCUGCAGGAUAAAAGGGAAUAUUAAUGUAUAUAUUUAAUAAAUGGGCGGUUGACAUGUCGGUGGGGGGGGGGGACACUAAUUGGGAAUCUUAUAAAGUGCAUUACUUGAAGGUAUGGUUUGUCAAUUAACUUUAUUAGAUGGGAAAUUCACGCAUUUAGGCCACCAUUGAUUGGCAAGCUAUAGCUAGUUUAUUUAUACCGGUAAUUAAUAAAUCAGUAAAUUGAAAAUAAAGUUUUAAAACAAAGUCAAUUCAAUUUGUAAAGUUAUCUAUAAAGACACAUUAUUUUUAAUAAUAUACAGUACAGCAUCAAGUUUGUUUGAUAAAUAUUUUUUUUAUUAUCCUUUGAUAUAACAGAAUCCAUACUCAAGUUACGAAUGCUUACUUCAAGGUGCUUGAGUUCUUAUCUUUUAAAUGCACAAGUCCACUUUUGGCCACUCCAAGUUAAAUUAAAAUUCCAAGCAGCCCAUCUUUCAUGCUACAAGUUGGUCACAAGAAAUCCAAGUGUUCCUCUUUUUAGACAUGACAAUCACACUUUGACGUCAUAUAAAAGCCCUGCUAAAAUAUAUGUUUUUAAAUUCCGGACUACAAAUGGAUACUUUAGCCUGACUCAGGACCACUGUUUUAUUUUCAGACAAUAUACAACUGGCCAUUUACGUGUUCCUGUUUUGAAUCCUAGAGUUUAUUUCCCAAGCUUAUUGAAUCAAAGGUGCAUAAGCAACAUGGCAGCCAAAGGAAUAAAACUUACCUGGAAUGUAACUAAAGGGCAAAUCAGUAAUGAUGCAGACAAGUUAAUGGAGCGUAUAAAGCAAGUGUAUGAUUCCAUAGGUGCACUUUCAGAGGAAGAAGUAACAUAUGACAAUGUUUUGAAAGUAAGUUCAUUAAAAUUUCCUUUAGCUAUGGUUUACUAUUUACUGUUAUACAAUAAUUUACAAGUGCAGUUCUAAAACUUUAUUUUUUAAGAUGCUUAAUUAGGCUAAACAAAUAAUGAAGUCUGUCCUAAGGAAAGUCUUGUGAAUAAAAAAUGUUUGAAAGGUUAAUAAGGUAUAGAAAAUUUCUUCAAUGCAAAAUUAUAUAAUAUGAGUUGAAUUAAAUUUCUUAUUUUUUAAAUUUGUUUUUAUUUUGUGCUACUAUUGCCUGUUCAUUCCACUUCUUGCCAUUUCACUCACUCUGUAGUCACCUAUUGAUAUUCCUUCCCCAUGUUUUCAGUGGUCUUCCUAUCUAUUUAUUUUCCUGAAGAAAAAAAAAGUAACCUAACAAUGAUCAAAAUAUUGUUUUCCAUCAAUAAUAUAUUUUUGAACUGAUUUAUCUAAGGAAAUUAUAACCAAUGCAUUUUUAGGCAUCAGCUGACAGUGAUUGUUGGUAUGCUGUUGAAAGAAACAACAUUGACUUUCUGCAGCACGUUUCCCCAGAUAAAGAGUUGAGAGAUGAAAGUGUUGCAAUAGACAAAAAAUUGUCUGAGUUUGAUGUUGAGCUGAGGUGAGGUUUUACUAAAAAAAAUAUAUUUGCAUAAAAUGAUGAAGAGCUUUUUUGUUCACUAUCACUAAAAAAGUUACCAUCUACUUUGAAACAGUAAAAAUUCAAUAAAAUUCUAUAUUAUGUAUCCAUUUUUAAGUCCGUUUCAAUAAGUGUUUCUAUGAAAAUACCCCAGUAAGAAGCUUGCCAAAUUGUAUUUUCUUUGCUAGAGGCCUUCUAAAAUUUCCCACAGAACAUUAUUUGAUUUUCUUUUUAGUAUUUGACUUUAUAAUGCCAGGACAGAAAUCCAGAAAUAUAAUUUUACAAACUUUCUCUAUAAAUAAAACAUCAAGAAACACAAUGCUCAAGCAAACAUAUUUUUCUAUUAUCACAGCAUGCGCCAAGAUGUUUUUGAAUCAUUUGUUGCUGUGGAAAAAAAAGAAGAAUUUAAAACAUGGAGCCCUGAAGCUCAAAGAUUUGUUGAAAGAAUGAUAAAGAAUGGAAAACGCAAUGGUUUGUAUUCUUUGAUGUGAAGAUUUAUUACCCUUAUUUGAGAAAGUUGUUUCACUAGCCUGCAGUUUUUUAAUUCCAUAUAUUCUCUUUGUUUCAAUUUUUUUUUAAUUAAAGCACAAAUUUUAACAUUUAUUUCAAAUCAUAUUUUCUGUUGUCACAGAAAUGCCAGAAUCUGGUUAAUUUUUAGUUAAUGUUUAUUUUUAUAGGAUUGCAUCUUUCUAAGGAGAUACAAGAUAAAAUAAAAGUAAUCAAGAAGAGAAUGAGCGACUUGUCCAUUGACUUUAGCAAAAACCUAAAUGAAGAAAACACAAUCUUAGAAUUCACAGAAGAAGAACUCGGUAAGAUUAUUAAAAGUAUCUGAUCUUUUAUGCGUUUUACCAUAGAAAGUAACAUGUUGAUAAAAAAUUAAUUUUAAAUAUGCUUUUGCACUCUUUACACAAGAUUUUGAACUGAAAACAGAGCUAUUUAUCAUUGCUUUUAAAGAUAUUUAAUAUAAAUAUUAUACAACGUUGCUAAUGAGAGUAAUUCUUGUCAAUUUUUUUAAUUUUUGUUAUUUUCUCUUUUUUUAGUUGGAUUGCCCGAGGAUUUUAUAAAAAGUUUAGAAAAGGUACAUUAUUCAUAACUUAGUUAUUUUAUUAAAUAAUUUGGAAUGACUAGUUAUAGCUCGCCAAAUAUUGGCGGAGGCAAUAUGCGAGCUUCACAUCUAAUAAAAUUACUUGACCAAACAUGCAUUCAAGUAAUGCACUUUAUAAGAAUCCCAAUCUGUGCUAAUGUCCCUGUACGCCACUGCACACUUUUUCACACUCCUGAACUGUAUUAAUAUUCUAAUGUUCAACCCCCUAUUAAAUCUCAGAUUUAUCACAUCAUAUUUAAAUUUAGGCUAUUUCUGGAAAAUAUAAAAAAAUAUUACCCACCAAACAGUGCUGCAUUUAGCGCAGUUAUCAGGAAUUUUAUUUUACACAAUAUUGAACUCACCAUUACUCCAUGCUUUCUUUCAUACAAAGAGAAAUAUAUUGAUGGAUUAUGCUUUGGAACAUCUUGCUUUGUUCUGUUUCUUCUUAUAAGUAGAAUUUGAUAAUUUUUGUUUAUAAAACUCAUUAUAGGCAUUAAAUAUUAAUUAUGUGCAGGGAUCUGAAGGCAAGCUCAAGGUAUCACUAAAGUAUCCUCACUAUUUCCCCUGCAUGAAAAAAGCUAAAAAUCCAGAAACAAGAAGAAUAAUGGAGACAGCUUUCAACUCAAGGUAAAGACUUUGAAAGCAAACAAAGUUAUAUUAAACAAAAAGUUAUCUGGACAUUAUAUUUUUAUAUACCUGGUAAAUCUAAUUAAUAAGUGACUCAUUAACUUUUGAUAGAAAUUUAUGUUAUCAUAUUUUGUAUAAAAAAUCUUGCAGAUGCCUUAAAGAAAACACACCUAUUCUAGAGGAACUGGUAAAGCUAAGGCAUGAGGUAAAUGAGAAAUUCUAAAAACCUUACAUACAGGUAUUUCAACACAGAGACUGAGAAAGCUACAGUGUGACCUGGGAACACUUAAGUUUUUCAGUUUCAAAUAACCUUGUUUUUCUUGUUUUUGUGUGUAUUGUCUGAUGAAGAAUACAUUUAUUUUCAAGCUAAACAUAUCUUAUUCCACAAUUUAUUUACUUAUUUCAACAAAUGCACAUUAUAAACUCAUGCUGGUUUCAGAUUUACAAUUCUUGCUUUAGUUGCCUGAAAUAACUGCAGCUUAUUAUAUGUAUUCUGUUAGUGCAUUUCUUUUUUUAAAGUUUGAGUGGAAAAACUAGUUGCUGUUGUAUUUGAGUUUUUUUCAUGUCAUAAUACCACCUAUGUAAUAAGGUUCUUCAUUUGCAUUCCACAGAAAGCCCAGUUGCUUGGGUACCCUACUCAUGCACACUUUGUUCUUGACAUGCGUAUGGCAAAAACACCAGAAACUGUGUCAGAAUUUCUUGCAUCCCUUGCAGAAAAAUUAAAACCUCUGAAGGAGGAAGAGAUGAAAAUCUUUUUAACUUACAAGAAGGAAGAGGUAAAUUGAUUCUUAAACUGAGUUGUGAAAUAUGAUAACCAGUUAAAAGAGACAUCAUAUUUUAUAUACCGGUACAUCUUAACUUUUACAUUACGAAUAAGCAUUUCACCAUUUUCAAGCAGAUAAUGAUAAUCAUUUUUCCAUAUGUAAUUUUGAUGACAUUGAUAAGAUAAUUUGAAUACUACUUAGUCCUUUAGCAAUUGAAGAAACCUGCUAAACUGCCUGUUUUUUUUUUCAUUCAAAAUAUAAUUUGUUAAACUAAUUUAAAAAAUGUUUUUAUUGACAUUAUUUAAGACCUAGUAACAUUAGAUGCACUUUACUUUCAGUGUGAAAAAUAUGGCUAUGAGUUUGAUGGUGAAAUUAAUAACUGGGACCUCCGAUACUACAUGACUUUAGUUGAGGAGAGAAAAUAUACAGUUGAUCAGCAGAAACUAAAAGAAUAUUUUCCAAUGUCCAUAGUUACCAAGGGUCUUUUGGAGAUAUACCAGGUAAAAUAUCUAAAUAUGAAAUCAUACACUACGCAAUAUAGGCAUAGAAGAAUUUUUAUUAUAACUCGAGUGAGCUAUAAAUUUCAUCUAUCGUUAGGGUUUUUAUGUUUGGAUAAAUGUUAAUAUAAAGUUACAAUAAUAGCUGAAAAGCUGUUUCUCAGUGUUGUCACUUUAUAAUGAUAAGAAAUUGUUUUCUCCUAAGGAAUUACUUGGAUUGAGCUUCACUCAAAUAAACACUACAGAUGUGUGGCAUGAGGAUGUUACUUUGGUAAUUGUUUUAUAUUAAUUUGAAAGGAGUAGUAAGUGAAUUAAUGACAUAUGAUUAUUGAAUUAUAAAAAAAACAUUUUGACUGAAAAGAUUUUAUGCAUACAGCUGUACUAAAACAUGUUUAAAUAAUUUUUUAUAGCAAAAUUUCGUUGAAGCAGAUGUACAUCUUAAUGACUGUUGCCUUAUUGCGAUUUUUAAACAAAGUUUGUGAACUUUCAAAUGUGAAGAUUGAAAGCGUUAAGUGUUUGGUUUUUUUUUAAGUAAAACACUAAACCCGUUAUCUAAUAACUAAUAUUUAUUAUAUUUUUAUUAGGCCAAUUUUUUUUCUGUUUAUUGUCUUAUUGAAUUCUUCUUUUUAAUGAGUGUCAUAUAGAAUGUUUGAAUAAAAUAUAAUCCUCUUCAUAGUACAAUGUAAAAGACAAAAAUACAGAUGAGCUGCUUGGUUACUUCUAUCUUGAUCUUCACCCCAGAGAAGGAAAAUAUGGACAUGCUGCAUGUUUUGGAUUGCAGGUAUUGAAAGAAUGCUUGAAAUAAAUACAACUUAUUUAAGUAUUACCGGUUUAAAUACUCCUUCAUAGAUACUUUUUAUUCAUACAUUUUCCUGCAUAUUUUGUCAUUCAAAAUUGUCAGUUGUAUUUUGAGUAACUAAAUGCAAAAACUAAACAUUAAAGAAUAAUAUUUUAUUAAGAAUAAUAACUAGUAUCUAUUUUUGUUUUGCCCAUUGUUCUAAACUUGCAGCCAGGCUGUGUAGCUCCAGAAGGGGAAAGACAAGCUGCUGUGGCUGCGAUGGUAGCUAACUUUACCAAACCAACUGCUGAUCAACCAUCUUUACUUACUCACGAUGAGGUAAACAAAAUUAAUUGAAUGUCAUAAAACAGUUUUCAAAUAUGAAUGAUGUGGACAUUUUUACACAUUACAAGUUACUAAACAAAUGAAUUUAACAGAUUAUCUACAGUUUUGAAAAACAAUAUUAAAAUCUCAAAAUUUCCAUACGUUUUACCAGUUUGUUUUUUGCACUUUGUGGAAGGUCCAAAAUAAAUGAUAUGAACUCAAACAUAAAAUAGUUUAAUUUAGCAUUGUUUCAAUUACGUGAUGUUUCUAACUUACAUAUAUUUUCCAAUAAUUUUCAGGUUGAGACAUAUUUCCAUGAAUUUGGACAUGUGAUGCAUCAGAUUUGUGCUAAAGCUGAUUUUGCACUCUUCAGGUAAAAAAUAUUCAUUUUUUAAAAUAGAACUACCGGGUACUAUUAGUUCAAAAUCAUAAACUUUAAAAAAAAAACAUUUCUUUGCACUUUUUUCUACCAGUAUUAAAAAAAUGGGGGAAUUUUUAUAUGUGUAGGUUUUACUUUUAUAGCUAAUAAUUGAAUUAUAGCUAAUAAUACUCAUUGAAUUUGAAUGAUUUUGAAUACUGUUAAUCUAAUUUAGUGGCACACAUGUGGAACGAGACUUUGUUGAAGCACCAUCUCAGAUGUUAGAAAACUGGGUCUGGGAGAAAGAGCCAUUAACACGUAUGUCAUCCCAUUACAAAGAUGGGGCUGCUAUACCUGAUGAUUUGCUUGAGAAGCUUACUCUUAGUAGACAAGCUAAUGCCGGAGUUUUCAAUCUAAGGCAGAUAACUCUAGGCACAUUUGACCAAAAGAUACAUACUCGUUCUGAGGUUGGUGUUCUUUUAUUGUUCAUUAUGUAAUUCAUAGCAUUAUUUUUCAUUCAUAAAAUUGCAAUGUUCAAAUUUUAAAUACUGUUAAUAAUUUGUUUAAUUUCUAGCUGGCUAAACCAAAGUUAUUUCUAAGGAUUGAAGUAAUCUUUCCCUGAAUUCUGUUUUUAGUUAAAGGAUAUUAUUGUAAACAAUGUGCUGAUUUUUUUCUAGGCGGACACUGCCCAAAUUUAUGCAGAAACGUGUGCUGAAUUUCUGGGCAUCAAGGCAACACCUAGGACCAACAUGGCAGCAACCUUUGGUCACCUAGGAGGUGGUUAUGAUGCACAGUACUAUGGAUACUUGGUGAUUACGCCAUUUUGAUUCCACAUAUACAUGUAUAUAGUUCAGAUAUAUCAGUAUUCAUUACUUUGUAAACUUAUCACCUCUGUGUUAACAGAAAAAUAGUUUAUAAAAUUGUUGAAUAAAAAUGAUAUAAAAUGUAUUUCACAGUGGAGUGAAGUAUUCUGUAUGGACAUGUUUGUAUCCCGCUUCAAAAAAGAAGGCAUAAUGAAUCCAAAAGUAGGCGAAGAUUACAGAAAAUACAUUCUUCAGCCAGGGGGCUCUAUUGUAAGUUAUUUGUUAUAUCUAAAAUUGUGCUAACAGGAUUGAUAUUAACCAUUUAUUCAGGGAUUGAUGGUUAUAUGGGCUUUUAAAAGAUUUUUUAAACAUAUAAUUUUAUAAACCUUUUUAUUUAACUUGUUUUAUAAUUUUUUUAUUAGGAUGCAGCUGAUAUGUUGAGAAACUUUCUAGGAAGAGAACCUAAACAAGAUGCCUUUCUGGAGAGCAAAGGGUUGCAUGCUUAAAAAUUUUUGUAAACAGCUAAUGCCACAAAACAAUUAUUGUUGGCCGGGUCAAGCACUAAUUCAAAUAAAUUAUUAAAUUUACCGUAAUUUUCAUAAUGUGAAAUUAUAAAAUCAUAAUAAUAAUAUACUUCUUUAAAACAAACUUUUUAUUCUCUUAAAAAAAAUCAAAAGGCUUAAGAAAUUAACAAACAACUUAGAGAACAAACAACUUAGAAAAAAAAAAGUUUUUGUUUAUCAGUCAGAAUUUGUAAGUUUUAAAAACAAAAAUUUGCUUCUCUUAUGUUUGCCAAUGUAUUUUCACAGGGCAACAUUAGUUGCAUUGUGAGCAUUGGGAUUAUUCAAUAAUCAGGUUAUGAUCUUAAUACUUAAUUUAUCAUAAUUUUUUGAAUAUAAGUACUCAGGCAAUAUUUAAUAUUAUAUUACUCUGUUGCAUUUGUUGUUUUACAAAAUAAACAAUUUGAUUUACAAAAAAAAUUCUUUUGUAUUGAAGUGAGAUUUGAAAAAUAUUUAUUGAUUUAUAUAUUAAUUAAUAAUAAGUAAGUACAAAGUACAAUGAAAAGCACUAUUAUACAUUCUAUUUUUGUAACCUGGGCCUUGUUUUCUAUGCAACAAAUAAAUCAUUUAGUUAGAACUUCACAAUAUAUCACAUUGCACUUGCAGUGGUAAAAUUAUUAGAAAACCCAGUUACAAAUCCCAUGGAGAAUUCUUGGCUUUAUAAUUUCAAAGUGAUCAAUGGGUUGUGAC